GAUUCAGAAACUAUUUACUCAUUAAUCUUAUUCUGAUCCCAAGUUGUCUUUUUCUCUAGCUAAUGUCCACACAACUUGUCAUUUGUCAAUAUCAUUGACUUGUUAGAUUUUUAUAGAAAAUCGAAAUUAUUAUACUUGCUUAUAAAUGAGAUAACCCAUGCUCCACGUUCCCGAUCAAACUUGAUUACGGUUGAACAGCAUCCAUGGCCAUUGAAAACCCUCCAGACCCGGACCCAGAAAUAGCCCAAAUCGCCUCCCAAACCGCCCAAGCCGAUUCAACAACUGGUUCCUGGGCCAGCGUCUCCCUUCCGAAAGUGAAAGCAAACUUGGUUUUCCGUUCAAAAUGGGCGGAGUUGAACGGAGCCAUGGGUGACCUUGGCACCUACAUACCCAUAGUAUUGGCCUUGACUCUAGCCAGAGACCUCGACCUUGGCACCACGUUGAUUUUUACCGGCAUCUACAACUUCAUUACUGGCGUCAUAUACGGCGUCCCCAUGCCUGUCCAGCCCAUGAAGUCCAUCGCCGCCCAGGCCAUCUCCGACACUGACUUCGGGGUGCCGGAAAUCAUGGCCUCCGGAAUUUUGACUGGCGGGAUCCUUUUCGUACUAGGUGUGACGGGGUUGAUGCAGCUAGCAUACAGGCUGAUUCCUCUGUGCGUGGUCAGAGGGAUUCAGCUAGCUCAAGGCUUGUCCUUCGCUUUGACUGCUGUAAAAUACGUCAGGAAAAUACAAAACUUACCCAAAUCAAAGUCUACAGGAAAUAGGCCCUGGUUUGGCUUGGAUGGUCUGGUUCUGGCCAUUGUGUGUCUUUGCUUCAUCGUCAUGGUGAACGGGGCCGGCGAGAAUAUCCGGGGUUGUUGCGAAACAAGAGAAGGUUCCGAUCAACAACAGAGGGACAUUGAAGUUGAAGGUAGGAGAAGAAACAGGAGGGACCGAGUGAGAAAGAUUAUCUUUUCACUUCCUUCAGCUUUUAUAAUCUUCAUAGUGGGGGUUGUUUUGGCCUUCAUAAGAAAGCCUAAGGUGGUGCAUGAAAUCGAAUUCGGACCCUCCUCUAUGAAAGUGGUGAAAAUCUCUAGACAAGAAUGGAAGCGCGGAUUUAUCAAAGGCACAAUUCCUCAGCUGCCACUAUCAAUCCUGAACUCUGUGAUAGCUGUUUGCAAGUUGUCCUCAGAUCUGUUUCCAGGGAAGGAAUUUUCGGUCACUUCACUGUCAGUAACAGUGGGCUUGAUGAACCUGGUAGGAUGCUGGUUUGGAUCCAUGCCUACGUGCCAUGGAGCUGGUGGACUUGCGGGGCAGUACAAGUUCGGUGGAAGGAGUGGUGGUUGCGUGGCUCUUCUUGGUGCGGUCAAGUUCGUGUUGGGAUUGGUAUUAGGGAGUUCUCUGGCUCACAUUUUAAACCAGUUUCCUGUGGGGAUACUUGGGGUUUUGCUGUUAUUUGCUGGGAUUGAGCUGGCCAUGGCUUCCAGGGACAUGAAUACCAAAGAAAAUUCCUUUGUGAUGCUUUUGUGUACUGCAAUUUCUCUGGUGGGUUCGAGUGCGGCUCUUGGGUUUUUGUGUGGAAUGAUUAUCUUCGUGAUUCUGAAGCUAAGGAGCUGGACCAAGGAUAAGCCUUUCUCCGCCAUAUGGACGGAUCAACAAACCUCCUGAUGGGCAAUUAAUCCUGAAAACACAGAGCGUCUUCAGAACACGUUCCUAUUAAUUGUAAAUGUCCACUACCUUUGUAUUGCGAGGUUGUAUUGUUCGUUUGGUAUUGCAAUGCCACAGUGCAAGUGUAUAUCGAUGGGUUUAAUUUAUUCUUUAUAUGUUAAGUGGCGCGUGGGAUAGUGUGGUGAUCAGUGAACUGCACUUGUUCCUAGCUUUUGCCCUGUGUUUAUCUGUAUCUGUAUGUGCCUAGAAGAUGAUCGCCAAUUGUUACCGAUAGUAACAGUUGUUUCAGUUUGCAAAACAAUAUUGCUUGCUUGUGAUUUGGUAGUA